AUGAAGCUGUCCCUGGGCAAAUUCGCACUGGAUCAGUGCGAUCUGCCCACUAUGCUGGAUAAUGUGGCGGUGUUGCUGCGGCUUGUCACGAUAAAUAUUGACAAAAAUUACAAUAAACGAAUCUCUUUGCUUGUUUACUUCAUCGUUUUUAUCGCAGCAGCUGGUUAUGUCUACAUUUACAUCUUCUCUAUGUUUUGGUUUGUUUUCAUCCGUUGCCAAGAGACCGGAGACUUCACCGCCGCUGCAGUAGUUUUUUCUCUUGGUACUAAUAGCGAGACCUGUUCCACAAAGUUACUGUUUAUGGUGCUUUAUAAACAACCAACUUCAGGCCCGUCAAGUCCAAUAGUGCGAUAUAUAAGUAUGAAGCUGUCCCUGGGCAAAUUCGCACUGGAUCAGUGCGAUCUGCCCACUAUGCUGGAUAAUGUGGCGGUGUUGCUGCGGCUUGUCACGAUAAAUAUUGACAAAAAUUACAAUAAACGAAUCUCUUUGCUUGUUUACUUCAUCGUUUUUAUCGCAGCAGCUGGUUAUGUCUACAUUUACAUCUUCUCUAUGUUUUGGUUUGUUUUCAUCCGUUGCCAAGAGACCGGAGACUUCACCGCCGCUGCAGUAGUUUUUUCUCUUGGUACUAAUAGCGAGACCUGUUCCACAAAGUUACUGUUUAUGGUGCUUUAUAAAGAUACGGUGCAAGGGAUAGUGCAAAGAUAUUUAGAAUGUGACGCUAAAGUAGUACCGGGGUCACGAUUUUCUAAGAAUUUGUCAAAAAAAUUACGUGACAUAAAAAAGAGAGCCAUUACAGUAUGGGUGAUGUUAAUCACAAUUGGUAUUGCAUAUAUUUUGCGACCAUUAAUAUUGCCUGGGCGACAUUUUACGGAAGACUUGUACGUGAUAUACGGUCUAGAACCAAUGGUAGCGACUCCUAAUUAUGAAAUAGCUUCGACAUUUAUGUCAAUAACUAUAAUUACCGGAGUUUAUAUCCUAGCCGGAGUCACUGCGUUGAUUUUAGUUAUAAUCGGUUACAUAGAAGCUCAAAUAUUAACGCUAAGUGAUGAAAUGCUUACUCUCUGGGGAGAUGCAGAGGAAUAUUACCAUAUGAACAUUGAAACAAAUGGAUCUAGCUCUCAAGUGAAUUCUGAUGAUCUUAAAGCGCAAAUUAUGAACAAAUUCAUAAAAAAUCGACUCAAAGAGAUAACAACAUUUCAUAUCUUGGAUAUUAAUCUACUAAACGAUUUUGAAACAGUAUUUAGAGUAACUAUGGCUAUUGAAUUUGGUCUAAUAGUAGUUGGUAUAAUAUCAGAAUUACUUGGGGGUGUAGAAAACACGUAUUUAGAACUGCCAUACACUUUUCUACAAAUAUUUAUGGACUGCUAUAUUGGGCAGAAGUUAAUUGAUGCAGGUAGUGUUUUUGAAAAAGCAGUAUAUGAUUGCAAGUGGGAAAAUUUUGACAAGGCAAACAUGAAAACUGUUUCCAUUAUGCUACAAGCCUCACAGAAGUCGCUAUCGCUGACAGCCGGUGGAUUAGUAACACUAGAUUUUGUCUGUCUCAUGUCAGUGAUCAAAUCGACUUACUCAGUUUACACUACUCUACAAUCUACAGUUAGUGAAAUAUAA